CACCCUGUGACGUCUAAGGCAUUCUACUUAUACCCAUUUUUGAAACUGCCAUCUUUGGCACUCUCACAAGGAACGACACUAACUAUCGUCUAAUUCAAUAUCUCUUCUAUCGGCACAGAACAACAGUCACUUUGACUCUCAACACAAAUUCCGGUUCACACUCAAGAUAUCUUUCAACAUGUGCGACUGGGAAGAAUUCAUAUUCGUUUGCAACCACACGACACUGAGGCUCAAGUCACACUGCCACUUUGCGCGGAACGAUCCCAACCACCAAUGUUUUGGUGUCAAGGUCCUCCGGGACUCGUGGUUCCAGGAGGGGCAGCUAUGCGACAACUGUCUGGACAACGGCUUUCGUCUACAGAACGGAGUUAUCUGGCGCUUGUCACAAAACCAAGGUAGACAUCACCACAGACGUUGAGGGGCGGCAACUUUGAGUAAGGGUGGGG